AUGCUUAAUAUUGUUUUAUUAUUGUCUGUGUCUUUAGUUUUGACAUCAAUAAUUUCUUCAGCAUAUGGUGCCAUUGAAAGUGGUGAUGAAAGCAAUAAACUUCACAUUGUGUAUAUGGGUUCACUUCGUAAGGGAGCAUCAUAUUCUCCAACCUCUCACCAUCUAAACUUGCUGCAACAAGUUAUUGAUGGUAGUGAUAUAGAAAAUCAUUUAGUUCGAAGUUACAAGAGAAGUUUCAAUGGUUUUGCCGCAGUACUCAAUGAUCAACAAAGAGAAAAGCUUUCUAACAUGCGAGGUGUGGUAUCAGUUUUUCCAAGCCGAGAGUAUCAUCUUCAAACCACAAGGUCAUGGGACUUCCUUGGAUUACCUCAAUCAAUCAAAAGAUCUCAAACCGCUGAGAGUGAUUUGGUGAUUGGAGUCAUAGAUAGCGGAAUUUGGCCAGAGUCUGAAAGUUUCAAUGAUAAAGGUCUUGGUUCUAUUUCAAAAAAGUGGAGGGGGGUUUGUGCAGGCGGUGUUAACUUCACUUGCAAUAAUAAGGUCAUUGGAGCACGCUUUUACGGCAUCGGAGAUGAUAGUGCAAGAGACGCAAAUGGUCAUGGAACCCACACAUCAUCGACAGCCGGCGGAAGUGAGGUGAAGGGUGUAAGCUUUUAUGGUCUUGCAAAAGGCACUGCAAGAGGUGGAGCACCAUCUUCAAGAAUUGCUGCAUACAAAACCUGCAACAAUCUAGGUAUGUGCUCUGAUGAUGCUAUUUUAUCUGCAUUCGAUGAUGCCAUUGCUGAUGGAGUUGAUGUCAUCACUGUCUCUAUGGGUAAACCACAAGCUUAUGAGUUUGUGGAUGAUGCUUUUGCCAUUGGUUCUUUUCAUGCCAUGGAGAAUGGAAUACUGACAGUGCAGGCUGCAGGAAAUGAUGGUCCAAAUCCAAGUACUGUGAAAAGUAUAGCACCUUGGGUAUUUAGUGUUGCUGCCACUACCAUAGAUCGUCAAUUCAUUGAUAAGCUAAUUCUUGGAAAUGGAAAGACUGUUAUUGGUAGUUCAAUUAACAUUGUCCCAUCAAAUGGUACCAAAUUUCCAAUAGCUGUGCAUAAUGCUCAAGCUUGUCCAGCUGGAGCAAAUGCAUCCCCUGAAAAGUGUGAUUGCAUAGACAAAAAUAUGGUGAAGGGUAAGUUUGUUUUGUGUGGAGUAUCAGGGCGUGAAGGAUUGGCUUAUGCAAAUGGAGCAAUUGGUUCAAUCAAUAAUGUUACAGAAACUGAAUUUGAUAUUCCUUCAAUCACUCAAAGGCCUUCACUUAACUUGGAACCAAAAGACUUUGUUCAUGUCCAGUCCUACACAAAUUCCACUAAAUACCCUGUAGCUGAACUUUUAAAGACUGAGAUUUUCCAUGACACCAAUGCUCCUAAAAUUAUUUAUUUCUCUUCUCGUGGCCCAAAUCCUAUGGUUCCUGAAAUUAUGAAACCAGAUAUAAGUGCUCCAGGAGUUAAUAUCUUGGCUGCAUAUCCACCUAUGGGGACACCAAAAUACAACCUAUUAUCUGGAACCUCGAUGUCAUGUCCCCACGUUGCUGGAGUUGUUGCAUAUGUGAGAUCAUUUCAUCCAGAUUGGUCACCUGCAGCUAUCAAAUCUGCCAUCAUGACCACUGCGGAACCAGUGAAAGGUACUUAUGAUGAUUUGGUGGGUGAGUUUGCUUAUGGAUCUGGGAAUGUCAACCCACAACAAGCUGUUCAUCCUGGACUUGUUUAUGACAUCAGCAAAGAAGAUUAUGUACAAAUGCUUUGCAAUUAUGGUUAUGAUGCCAAAAAAAUCAAACAGAUUAGUGGAGAUAAUUUAAGUUGCCACGUAACAUCCAAAAGGUCCUUGGUGAAAGAUAUUAACUAUCCAUCAAUGGUGAUUCCUGUUAGGUCUUAUCACAAGCGUUUCAAUGUCAAUAUUCAUAGAACAGUUACGAAUGUUGGCUUUUUCAACUCAACCUACAAGGCAACUCUUAUCCAUCAUGAUCCAAAAAUCAAAAUUAGUGUGAAACCAAAACUUCUUACAUUCAGAUCAUUACAUGAGAAAAAAUCUUUUGCUGUCACUGUCAUUGGAGGAGCAAAAUUAAAUCAAACAAUGUUUUCCUCAUCGCUUAUUUGGUCUGACGGUAUCCACAAUGUUAAGAGUCCAAUUAUUGUACAACUACUUCCUCUAUAUAGUUGA